AUGGAUAUCCAUAAUAUUGAUGACUAUCUUGACUUACAAGAUCAAACAGCUACUAAUUUACUAUCGACAGAACAAAUAACACAACCACAAGACAAUGCUGAAGAAUGGCACUCACCUUUAAAUGACUUGCUAUCGAACCAUACAGACAAUUUUUACAAGGAUGACUGGGGUUUGUUACAGAACAGUCUACAGGGUACUGAAACAGGCUUUAUUGCACCUGAUUCUUUAAUCAAACAACCUGUUAUUCAAGAAGAAAAGCGUAUAACACGCUCAAAGACAGCUGCAAAACCACCAUUGACACCUCCAUCACCUAAAAAGAAAAAGAAGACGCGUGCUAAAAAACUCUAUUGUAUCUGUCAACAACCUUAUGAUGGCAAACCUAUGGUUCAAUGUGAUAAAUGUGAAGAAUGGUUCCAUUGUACCUGUGUAGGAUUUGAUCCUGAUUCUCAAGAAGAUAUUGAUUGGAUAUGUCAAACAUGUAGACAAGUAAGGAAGGGAACCUCUUUAUUCAAAGGAUAG